UAUAACAAAUGGGAAGAUGGCUCGGUUGGCUUCCUGUUUUUUGAUCUCCGAUUUCAAUCUGGGAUCGAUUCAGUUUGGACCAGACUGACGUAUGACGUAGCCUUCUACGUAAGACCCUCUAAAUCGAGUAUAACAACGCUUGUGUUGAUGUCUGCCGUUGCUUUCCCGUCCAUUUGGUAAAACACCGGGACCAAACUCCAAGCCCCAAGAUGUUUUUGGCUGCUGCAGUUCGCUCCGCAGUAUCGCAAACGGCGAGGCAGGUCAGGAGUCUGCAUCAGUCUGCUGCGCGUGCAGGAGCUGGAGGCAUCUUUGUGCACAGAGACACUCCUGACAAUAACGCAGAUACACCUUUCGAAUUCACUGAGGAGAACAAAAAGAGGAUUGAUGCGAUCAUUUCGAACUACCCUAUCGGACACAAGCAGGCAGCCACCCUCCCGGUGUUGGAUGUAGCCCAGAGGCAGCAUGGAUGGCUCCCUAUCACCGCCAUGAACAAGGUGGCUGAGGUGCUGGAGAUCGCUCCGAUGCGAGUGUAUGAGGUAGCGACCUUCUACACAAUGUUCCUGCGUCAGCCCGUGGGAAAAUACUUCAUUCAGAUCUGCACCACAACGCCCUGCAUGCUCUGCAACUCAGACAGCAUCCUGGAGGCCAUCAAAACCAAACUGGGUAUCAAGGUCGGAGAGACUACUCCAGACAAGAUGUUCACGCUGCUAGAGGUGGAAUGCCUGGGUGCCUGUGUGAACGCGCCGAUGGUCCAGAUCAAUGACGACUAUUAUGAGGACCUCACACCUAAGGACAUUGACGAAAUUAUUGAUGAACUUAAAGCAGGCAGAGUCCCACCGCCUGGGCCAAGGAACGGGCGUUUCUCCUGUGAGCCUGCAGGUGGAUUGACUUCUCUGACAGAGCCUCCUCCAGGGCCAGGUUUUGGGGUCAGAGCGGACCUGUAGGACAUUUUGUGGCCACCAUCUGCUUUUAUCAAAAGCAACUUGUCCCUGAAGAUGAUAUUAUGCUUUACUCAAACAUGUUGUGUAAAUAAAUUGUUCAUAUACUUGUG